AUGCGACAAGGUCAAGAUUUUUUAAAUCAUUAUUCAACAGCGCGAAUUAUUGUCAUGGAAACAUUGAGAACAUUACAACCCUGUUAUUUACAUGCUUUUUUAAAAGCGCUGAAUUGUAAUAUUCAAAUUACAAGUAAUUAUCGUCAUAAUUUAUUGCAAGAAACAUUAAUCAGUUUGAAAAACACCAGUACAGAAAGAAUACAAGAAAUUAUACAAAAUUUUCAAUUAAGUAAGUAGCGAUCUAAUUGUUUCUCAUUCACAGAUGUGCACUAGAGAAGAUGACUAUACAUUCUGUUGUUCCCAUAAGUCGAAACUAAAACUCUGCUUAACACCUUUGUUUUCAGCAGAAAAGUAAGAAAAAACGGUACCCUUAAUCAGAAGUUUAUUGCUCAUCUUAUUCUCGAGUUUCAUAAGAUAAAUUGUGUGAAUACUUCACUUUCUAACAGCACUUGAGCACUAGCAUUUCCUCUGUUCCCUUCUUUAGUAAGUCUGUUA